AUGGAUAAGAAAGACCUUUUUGUCGCAGAGGACGAGGAUGUUUCAGAGUCUCCCGCUUUAGAAGAAUACCAAGACACUAACGAGGGGGUUAUGGAAGAGGAGGAAGACGAUCCAAUCAUACUGACCAUGCCUGUGGUCCAUGGAUCUCUACCUCACAGAUCAUCCCAGUCACUUCAUGUCCUUCAAUACACCAGCAGGCCAAAAAGCCGUCCAUUCGACGAAGAGCGUCUCAGGUCUUCGAUCAAACCGGGAAGUAAGGUGGUGGAGAUGAAGGUCCCAAUGGAUACUAGCAGAUUCUAUGAUGAAGCUCGUGCCGAGGAACUAGGUACAAAGGUGGUCACAUCCAAUUUAAAAGGAGUUCUUACCGAAACCGACGGUGGUCUUUAUGUUGGCCAGAUAGUCGAGAAGGACGGCAACUUACAAAUGGUGCUUCUCCCAGUGGAUAGUACCGCUCAGCUCAAACCUCUGUUCAAACACAUUGAUGAUCUAGAAGCGGCUCGUACAUCUCAUACCAAGCUGGAGGUCAGCACUCUGGAUCCCACGAAACAAAAUGCUGUGCAUGUCUUGCAAACCGCUGCCAAGGCAAGUAACCAGUUACUGUCAGAGGGUACUCACGGCGGUUUGGGCUCAUGCCUAAAGCACAUCAAGAAAUUCGAUGAGGAAACUUGGCUGACAUUGGGCUGGAAGGCAACAAGUGACCCAGCUACACAGGAUAUUUUGGGCAGUCUUCAGUCGCCUUCGCAGGAUGCCGUCGAUGCCACAACCACGUUUGACGACUUCGCAUAA